GCCGAGGGCUCGGCGCCGCUGCUGUGGGUGCCAGCGUCGGAGCCAGACCCUGCGCGGCACGUGGCGGAGCUCGGCCGCCCAGCCCUGCGGCCAGACCUGCCGCUCGAGGCCAUGCGGGCCGAGAUCGAGGCCGUGGCCGUGCCUACGGGCUCCGCGUGCUUGGGCAAGGACGAGCCGUUGUUCCGCGUCGGGGUGCUGCGCCAGGAG